AUGCCGCUUAGUGAGGCAGAAGUGAAUCCCAAAGCUUACCCCCUGGCUGAUGCACAGCUCACCAAAACGCUACUGGAUCUUGUGCAGCAGUCCUGCAACUAUAAGCAGCUACGCAAGGGAGCCAAUGAAGCCACCAAAACGCUGAACCGAGGGAUAGCGGAGUUCAUUGUGAUGGCGGCAGAUGCGGAGCCCUUGGAGAUCAUCCUGCACCUCCCUCUUCUCUGCGAGGACAAGAAUGUACCUUACGUGUUUGUGCGCUCCAAGCAAGCCCUGGGCCGGGCAUGUGGUGUUUCCCGGCCUGUCAUCGCCUGCUCCAUCACCAUCAAGGAGGGAUCACAGCUAAAGCCUCAGAUCCAGUCUGUCCAGCAAGCUAUAGAAAGACUGUUGGUCUAAAUGCCCAUGAGUUUUAAGUGUGUGUGGAAUCGGAAAGUUGAAGUCAGGGGGCAUUAAUGUCGAGCUUCAGUUGAGGUUAUAGUUUUUAUAUCAGUGUUUCAUUUCAAAACACCAUAUUUUUGUUUAAUAAUGGUUUAAUUCUUAGUGUUUCUGCCUCUCCUCCCCCAUCUUCUCUAUUAUUCCACUCCACAUUUAAUUCUCAUUGUAUUACUUCUUGAAAAGUGAUUGUACAACUGCAUUUCCUGUUUGAUGUUUAAAGAAAGGAGGAAAAAAAAAAAAUCCCCCCCUUAUCUCCAUGUCUGCCUGCUCAGGGCUUUUUUUAACCCACCCAGUAGCUUACUCUGCAUCGCAGUAUUUCUGCUAAGCUUCAGCCUCUAACAGGUGUGAGUAACUGUGUUUCUGAACGGCUUAGUCUACUGAGGAUAAGGCAAGUUGGUUCCCCGCACAGCGUGUGCAUGCAGACUGCGGGAGUUCUUGCUUGAAGUGAUGGAGCAGCGUAGACCAUGUGUAAGGCAGGCAGCGGCUACUGCGUAGCAGCGGACGGAGCCAAGAUCAGUACACAUAGCACAACCCUUUUUCUUCUUGAAACCAGACAAGAGACUUCUCUAAGAGGUGUAUGGGGAGCAGAAAUCUUAUGGCAGUACACAAGGGGAAAUCUCUUAUUUCGCUUGUUUUUAAAUACUGACUUUUUAAGAAAAAUAAAAUUGCUGACAAAGCUAAAUAUAAUUGUCAUUCCCUUGGGGAAGCAUUUGCAACUAACUGAAGUGUUCCUACUUGUAAAGCUAAACUGCUCAGAGACUGCCUAAAGGCUAUUGCAGUGUAGUCGUUCAUACUCCUUCCAUUUUCUUUGCGUGGACUGUAUCAAUGAGCUUGGGCUUCCUAGGGUAUUUAAGUACAAAACACGCAGUAGAGAGCAGCCUGCUGUGGCUGACGAGUACCCUACGUAUCCCAUGCUUUUAGGGAAGCUGCUGUACUGUAGUCACCUGACUAAAGAUAAACCCUUUAAGUAAUGGCCAACGCAACAGAGAGCAAGUAAUUUUCCAGAUAAAACAGUUUGUGUCUCAAGAAGAGAAUCUCAUGUUCUGGAAAAGCGUGAAGCACCACCAGCAUUCUGGAUUAAUGGUGGUUUUAUGGAGCUAGCUUUAGUUGCAUUUGUUACACAAUGCAUAUUGUGUAACAAAUCCACUUACUGCUCCAAGCAGAAGAGUCUAAACCUUGAUGGGUCAUUUCAAACCUGUCCUUUAUUGCAGGAUGCCAAAGCAAAGCUAGCGCGGAAAGACCAAUAGGUGCAACAGCAGAAGGGAAAAUUAAGUUCUCCUGUAAUGUUUCCACAGAGGCACUAACUUCAUUCCUUUCGUAAGUACAUCCCAAGCAGAUGAAAGCAGCUCACGAAAGACUGAAGACAAAUCAUACUAUAUUUUUGUAAAUGGCUGGUAACUAAUAUCCUUGCUGAGGUGAACUUAAUACAAAGAUUUUAGAGUCCUUCCAUUUGUAUGAAGUUUAGAAAUGUUGCUGUUCCCUUCUACUGAUGCUGACUGUUGAGCUAGUUGUGUUUAAAACCACAGCCAAAGGACUUGGCCUAUUGUACCAUGCCAAGACAGCUGAUGUAAGACCAAGCACAUAAGGAGCAGAAAUAAAGGAUUCUUGAGCACACA